UUGGUAGAGAUGAGGAGAUAAUGAAUUUGGCUGUCAAAGAUGACAUGCCUACCUUUGCAAUUAUCGGUAUGGAGCUAUGUGAGGCAGCUAGUGAUUUGCAUUCACAAGGAUUAAUUUUGGGUAGUUUAUCUCUCCCCUGUUUCAAUGUUGAUCAUUUUGGUCGUCUUUAUAUGGAUUUUAAUGAAGUCAUGGUGUUGGGUAGGAGAGUUAGAAAAAUGAUUGCGGAGGUUGUUAGUAUGAAAUUAAAAUCUGAUGACAAAGAAUUAGAUGUGUGGCUGAAAAUGGAUGCAUUGAAAACUGACGAAUUUGUCAGUCCAGAAAUGUUGUUAGAGUUGUUACAGAAAGAGAGUGUUGAACUGGCUUCUGGUUGCUUAAGAUAUGCAGUUGGGUAUGGUUCAUAAGUUUGGUCAUUAGCUUGUUUACUCAUUUGCCUUCUUAUCAGAAGGUCGUUUACUGAAGAGAUGCAGCAUUAUUAUGGUCUUUUCCCUUCA